AUGGCGAAGGUCCCGAUCAAGGUCUUUAUAAUCUACUACGGCUCCUGGUCCUCGUCGGAAGUGAACAUCGUGGAGAAUUUUAUCUACUCGCUCUCCAACAACAACACCACGCCCAAGGACGCCAAGGCGGUAUCCGCGUGGCAGUGGUGGCAGAUCGCCACGUGGUACACCAUGAAGCGGAACGGCCAGACGGUGCCCGUGUCGUCGCAGGUCCAGUUCCGCAAGCGAGUCUUUGACAAGUACUCGCUAGGGAAAGUGAUAAAAGAUGACUUGAAUGGCGUCUGGCAAAUAAUCGACCAGCAACUACGCACGCAGGCCCUUCCCAUCGACAGCUCAGCACAGUAUCUCGUGCUGACGAGUGCUGACGUGGCGCUGGGCGACCGGGAGAAAGGGUUUUGCGGGCGGUCGGGGUACUGCGGGUUCCACUCGUUCGCCACGGACGGCGUGAGCUACAUCAAAUACGCAUUCGUGGGGAACGGGGAGAAGUGCGGCACGAGAUGCAUGCGCACAGGAGGCAGCAAGUGA